AUAUGCAGCAGUGAUGUAUAUGACUGAGAAAGACAAAAGGCCUGACACACAGGGCCUGAAGAAAGAGUUGGGAAAUACUUUGAUCCUGCACUUAGGACUGGACAGCUAUGCUGGGUUUAAUAACACCUUUGUCGAUCCAGCUGGUCUUGGGUUUUGAUGUGGAUUUGAACAGACAAAAGGUGGAUCCAUAUAUGCACAUGUUUAAAAGGUGGAUCCAUAUUGUCUAGAUCUUGGCAGAUUGGAAGUCUCAGAUGAGAAAAUCCUGAGUGGUCCAGAACCGUGAAUAGGAAGUGUUGACCUCUGCCCUUCCUCCAGCUUGGCACAAUGGGAUCAUCAACAUUGGGAAAGGCAGCAUCUCUUGAUGUGCUCUUAAAUGAAUGCCUUCAAGAAUUUGAUGACAAUGGGGAGCUGCAGGCCAACCUUCUUCCUCGAAGCCUACUGCUGAUGCAUCGCUGGUAUGUUACAUCCUCAGAACUGGCGGGAAAACUACUGAUGAUGUACCGCGACUGCAAAGGUGACAACUGCCAGAGAACCAGACUGAAGAUUUGUUAUUUAAUGAGGUACUGGAUAGUGACAUUCCCUGCAGAGUUCAACUUGGACUUGGGUCUGAUCAGGAUAACAGAAGAGUUUAGAGUCGUGGCCGCCCAGCUUGGCUGUGAGGAGCAUUUCAAACUCAUAGACAUCUCCACCAUUCCGUCAUAUGACUGGAUGCGUAAACUGACCCAGCGGAAGAAGCAGGCUAAGAAAGGAAAGGCCUCGCUCCUGUUUGACCACCUGGAGGCCAUGGAGCUGUCUGAACAUCUCACCUUCCUAGAGUUCAAGUCUAUCCGGAGGAUAUCGUUCACUGAUUACCAGAGCUACGUGAUCCAUGGCUGCCUGGUAGACAACCCCACUCUGGAGCGCUCCAUUGCGCUGUUUAACGGAGUCUCACAGUGGGUCCAGCUCAUGGUGCUCAGCAAGCUAACACCUCAGACCCGUGCAGAGGUCAUCACCAAAUACAUCCAUGUGGCAAAGAAACUUCUGCAGCUGCAGAACUUCAACACUCUGAUGGCGGUGGUGGGAGGACUGAGCCACAGCUCCAUAUCUCGACUUAAGGAGACUCACUCUUAUUUGGCUCCAGAAGUUGUGAAGAUCUGGAGUGAGAUGACAGAGCUGGUGUCUUCCAGCAACAACUACUCCUCCUACCGAAAGGCCUUCAGCGAGUGCCAGGGUUUUAAAAUCCCGAUCCUGGGUGUGCACCUCAAGGACCUUAUUGCAGUGCAUGUGGUCUUUCCUGACUGGGUUGACGACAGUAAUAAGGUGAACCUGGUGAAGAUGAAUCAGCUCUACAUGACCUUCAAUGAGUUGGUGUCGUUGCAGAGUGCAGCAGCCCAAGUGGAGCCCAACAUGGACCUCAUUUACCUGCUAACGCUUUCUUUAGAUCUUUAUUAUACAGAGGAUGAAAUUUAUGAGCUGUCAUUGCUAAGGGAACCACGUAACCCUAAAUCAUUGCCUACCUCUCCAACGACUCCCAGCAAGCCCCUGGCCCCACUAGACUGGGCCUCCAGUGUCGCCACCAAACCAGACCCCUCUGUACUCAAUAAACACAUCAGGAAGGUGGUAGAUUCUGUGUUCAGGAAUUAUGACCAUGACCACGAUGGCUAUAUUUCUCAAGAGGACUUUGAGAGCAUCGCUGCUAACUUUCCCCUCCUGGACUCUUUCUGUGUUUUGGACAAGGAUCAAGAUGGAUUGAUCAGUAAGGAUGAAAUGAUUGCAUAUUUCCUUCGGGCUAACCCACUGCUUCAGUGUAAGAUGGGACCAGGAUUCAUCCACAACUUCCAGGAGAUGACAUACCUGAAGCCCACGUUCUGUGAACAUUGUGCUGGAUUUCUCUGGGGAAUCAUCAAACAGGGCUACAAAUGCAAAGACUGUGGCAUUAACUGUCAUAAACAAUGUCGGGAGCUGCUGGUUCUGGCCUGUAGGAAGCUCAUCUGCUCCGGCUCUCUGGGGAGUGUUUCCCCUGCCAGACUGACUCACAGCUCACUGCCCAGUAGCCCUGCACUGCCCACCUGUACAGAUGAGGAUGAGGUGUUUGAGUUCCCAGCUGUCACAUCAGCAGGUCCAGCUCUGGAAAAUCAGUCCAUCACCAUGAUGACUGGUUCAGCCCAGAGAAUCUCUGUACGCCUGCAGAGGGCCACCACCAGCCAGGCCACCCAGACUGAGCCCCUGUGGCCUGAACACAGCUGGGGGGCCAUUGAAGGUCGCUCCCAUACCUUCCCCAAAAUGAAAUACAGGACUCACAGGAAAAUAUCUAAAAAUAAAAGUUUUGCCUUCUGGGAUAACCAGAAAGAUGGGCAGCACCAGGCGGUUUCAUCAAAGUGCAGCUUGGAGUCUCGGGAGAAGUUAGAUGUCUCGGGCGAGCUUGUACAGAAUGGGAUUACACUCAGAGGGGAGGUAAUGGAAUAGGACAGCUGACUUGGUGAGGGCCAGUCCCGAGGGUCCAGAAAACCCCUAGUAGCAGGGACCAGGAAGCUCUUCUCUCUGGGAAAGGUGCUGGGCUGCCUGAGGUCCCCCUUCUGUGACCCGAAGUUAUCAUAUCCUCUCUAGAUUUCAACACAGACAGAGCUACAUGUGGACAAUGUGUAGCUGCAUCAGGGAGAGGAGCUGAGUUGAUUAUGGACUAACAACUGCUAUGAAUCACAGGGAAUGACACAUCCAUCCUGGGGAUCACCUAAGAUGUAACUUAGGUUUGGGUUUUGGUCCAAGAUUUAAGUAAAAUCAGCACUUGAAAAAAUGAGAAGAAACAUAUUUUAAACUUCACAGAAGUGUGGAAUGGGUUUAGUUUAGUGGAACAUUGCGGGCCAGUUACUUUACAACAGCUAGUUUCAAAAUCCAGCUUCGGUAGAGUAUGACGAACUACAAUCCAGGAACAAAAACUAUCUCCUGCUUGAGCUGAAGAAAGCAAAAAGGAAGGUUUUAGUGGUCACUUUCCAAGUUUGAACGAUUAGAAAAAGCAUGGUGUAUGUCAGACAGUGUGUAAAUAUUUGUAUGUGGAGUUGCAAAUAAAGGGAAAGUCAAAGUGAAAGUUCAUGUUAAGGGCAUCCAACCUACAAUCAGACAGCAAGUUGGUAUUGGACAAUUCUGCAAAACAUAUGUUAAAAGGACAAUUAUUUAAUCUUUUGUCUUUAAUAACUCAAUUAACUGUUUUUCAUUGUGACAUGAAUUUUUCAUGCCACUUUAAAAUCAAAAUACAGGUUACCAACUGUCUGCUUGUUCAGCCUCCUGCAGCAAAAUCCAUCCCUUAAAACAGUUGAUAGUCACUCACAAAUGUAACUAAAUGUACAGACAGUAGCACUGUCCCUCCUGCUAGCUAGCCCACAGGAAUCUGUUUAAUGUAAAAGACUGUCAUGGCUGUCAUUAGUUUGUGCAGGGAACUUGGUCCUGCUGCCAAGUGAACAGUUGAUUGUUUUCGAUUUUUGCAUCAAUGAUGUGUCUUUGUCUCAAAAAGAAAAAAACUCCCUCUUAACUCUUGAUGAAAACUAAUCACAGUACAUUUAUGCUGCCCA